GGUAGGUGAGCCAAAAACACCUUAUAAACGGCCCUACAACUCACGUUACUCUCAUCCCCGAGCCUUUCCUCCAGGCUUCAUCAUCACUCAAAAAAAACUUCCACUUUUAACACUUUCAUCCCCCAAAAAAAUCCGAAACCCUUGUCCACAAUGGGUUCUACAGAUAACCAAACCAGUCACAUGGAGGAAGAAGAAGAAGCCUGCAUGUUCGCCAUGCAAUUGGCCAGUGCUUCAGUACUUCCCAUGGUGAUGAAGUCAGCCCUUGAGCUUGAUCUUCUUGAGUCAAUAGCUAAAGCUGGUCCAGGUGCUUAUGUCUCUCCAUCGGAGCUCGCCGCUCAGCUCCCAACGGAGAACCCUGAGGCGCCGGUGAUGCUUGACCGAAUUCUCCGGCUACUGGCUAGCUACUCCGUUCUCAAGUGCACUCUCAAAAAUCUCCCGGACGGCCGUGUUGAGAGGCUUUAUGGUUUAGCACCGGUGUGUAAGUUUUUAACUAAAAACGCCGACGGUGUCUCAAUCGCUCCUCUUUUGCUCAUGAAUCAAGAUAAGGUCCUCAUGGAGAGCUGGUACCACUUGAAAGAUGCAGUACUUGACGGUGGAAUACCAUUCAACAAGGCCUAUGGAAUGACAGCAUUUGAGUACCACGGCACAGAUCCCAGGUUCAACAAGGUCUUCAACCAGGGAAUGUCUAACCACUCCACCAUUACCAUGAAGAAGAUCCUUGAGAUCUACGGUGGCUUCGAGGGCCUGUCGUCCGUGGUUGACGUUGGCGGUGGCACCGGUGCUACUCUUAACAUGAUCGUCUCUAAGUACCCCAACAUCAAAGGCAUUAACUUCGAUUUGCCACACGUUAUCGAAGAUGCUCCAUCUUAUAUUGGUGUGGAGCAUGUUGGGGGAGACAUGUUUGUUAGUGUGCCAGAAGGAGAUGCCAUUUUUAUGAAGUGGAUUUGUCACGAUUGGAGCGACGAGCAUUGCUUGAACUUUUUGAAGAAUUGUUACAAAGCGCUGCCAGAAAAUGGAAAGGUCAUAGUUGCCGAAUGCAUUCUUCCAGAGGCCCCAGAUGCUAAACUUACGACUAAGAACGUUGUUCAUAUCGAUGUCAUCAUGCUGGCGCAUAACCCGGGCGGGAAAGAGAGGACAGAGAAGGAAUUCGAGGCCUUGGCAAAGGGAGCUGGAUUUCGAGGUUUCAGCAAAAUGUGUUGUGCUUUCAAUACCUGGGUUAUGGAGUUUUUGAAGUAGAUAUGAAUUACUACUGCCUUGUGUUGUUCAUUCUUGUCUAAUGAUUGUGGUUUUUGAGGUUUGUGAUUUUUUCUGUUUUCACAAUGUUGUAUGUAUCAUUUUCCAGUUUUACUGAUUCAAUGGAAUAAGAAAUACAUAAUGUAUUCCAGUUAUAUAUAAAAACAAAACAAGAAUUCGAUUAUGUUCUUGAUGAAGAAUGUGAACUACUCCUCAAAGUAUA